GGCGGAGUAUGCAGUGCAGGUCAGAGUAUUUCUAUACAAAAAAGACAACAGUCUGUUAGCUCCUUGUCAUAUUUCUCCUCAAUCGCUUCGUUAUUACCGACAACAUGCACAUUCUGGGCCUAGCAAACGGAUCACUUCAGGGCAGUUCGGAGAUUCUCCUCAAAGCUACCUUGACAGCUGCUCAAUAAGAGGAUCCGUCUCUAACAACUUCGUGGUUCCAUGUGCCUUCAGUUUCAAUACCAAUGAAUCCCAAGCCAUUGGAGGGACAAUUGGAUAUUAGUCUUGGUACCAUUGACAGCAUGAAGGCCGGGAACGACCACGACUCGGCACCAGACGAUAGAAAGACUGUAUUAAAUGCCAUUCUCGACGCAGAUGCGAUCAUCAUCUCCACUCCGACCUAUUCCCACCAACCUCCGGGCGUGAUCAAGGCCCUAUUCGAUCAAAUUGGGGGUCCAUAUGUUGAUGCGUCUUUUGCGGAGCUCGUCCGUCAAGGACAGGCUGCUGGAGAUCCCAAGUUUGUGAACAUGAAGUUUGAUCCAACAUUGCAGAAGUCAAGGGUCGCGGGCUUUAUGGCUAUUGGCGGUUCCAGAACUCCUGACCAAUUUACCAUGGCUCUACCUAGUCUCCAUGCCCUCGUUUACCCAAUGCACGCUAAAUUCGUGGACCAAUUUAUUGGGCAGAGAGUAGCCGCUCGUGGAGCUAUUCUCCUACAGCCCGAGCUCAUGGAAAGGGCAAGACAACUGGGACAGAAUAAUGUCAGUCAAAUGGGAAAACAUUUUGACGACGCCCAGUACCUCGGGCCCAAAGACGAGUCCAGUUGUCCGAACUGUCACUUAACCAAGGUUGAAAUUCUGAGCAAAGACAAGUCCAUUGGCUGUAUUACCUGCGGUACCCGUGGAAAGAUGGUCAUUCUUCCAAACCAAGAGAUUGGUUUCGAUUGGGAAGAGAACUCGAUCUGGAGCUGCAUCACUAUGGAAGGGAAGUUGAAGCAUUCCAAAGAGAUCGGGGCCUGUGGAAUGGAAGAGCAACAGAAGCUCAAAUCGAUCGAGGAGGAGAAGCAUGCAUGGCUCGAUCUGCACAUUCCAAAGGUUCCUCUCCCUAGUGAAUCUACUUCGCCAAAGUUAUAGUUCCAAACUAUGCAUAUACUUUGUUGUCCCCAAGUUUUGCACAAGGAGAAACUAAAGUAAAAUCAAUUUGUGUUUGGU